AUGACCACCACGGCCACCCACACCCUCGCCUUUGACGGCCCCGUCGACGAGGCACGCCGCGCCCUCGUCGGUCAGCCCCUCUCGGCGGUCCGCACCCCCGCCCUCAUCAUCGACCGCGCCACCGUACAGCGCAACUGCGCACGCAUGCAGCGCAUCGCCGCCUCGUUUGGCGCACCCCUCCGCCCCCACCUCAAGACGCACAAGACCCUCGAGGGGGCCAGGAUGCAGCUGCAGACGCACGACGGCAGCUCUACCUCGGCCAUCGUCUCCACCAUGGCAGAGCUCCGGGGCGCAAUCGACGGACUCGUCGGUAAGGAUGCCGGCUUUGCCCUCAAGAACCUCUGCUACGGCCUCCCCAUCACCGCCGACAAGAUCGCAGAGCUCGUCGAGCUGCGACACCAGGGCCGCCAGCUCGACCCGGAAUUCGACCUCGUCCUCAUCGUCGACCAGCCCGCCCAGGUGCGCACCCUCCAAGCCCACCUCGCCAAGUCCGACGCAGAGGCAAGCGCGCCCUUCAGCGUCUUCUUCAAGGUCGAGACCGGCGACGUCCGCGCAGGCGUGCUGCCCGGAUCCGCCAUCUUCCACGCCAUCACCGAGGCCAUCGUGGCGUCGCCCAACGUCUCGCUUUACGGCGUCUACGGCCACGCCGGCCACUCGUACGACGCGCGCGGCGUCGAGCAGGCCGUCGAGUACCUCAAGCAGGAGCUCUCGGCCGUCAACCGGGCUGGCGAGCUCCUCAACCUCGCCCUCGCCCAGGGCAGCGGCGGCAGUGCCUCGAGGCACCGCAGCCCGCUCCUCCUCUCGGUCGGCGCCACCCCAACGGCCGGCGCCGCGGCGGCGGGCACGGUCAAGGAGAUGCUCGCCACGCUGUCGCAGCAGCCGCACGGCGACUUUGAGCUGCACGCCGGCAACUACGCCUUCCUCGACAUGCAGCAGCUGGCGACGCGGGUGCAAAACGAGGCGGCGUCGGUCGAGGACCUGGCCAUGAGCGUGCUGGCCACGGUCGUGUCCGAGUACCCGCAGCGGGCGGCCGAGGAUGUGGGCCAGAUCGGGCAGUGGUCCGCGGACGGCUACGCCAAGCGCGGCGACGAGGCACUGUGCGACGCCGGGGGCAUCGCCAUGUCCAAGGACCAAGGACCGUGGCCCGGGUACGGCCACGUCGUCUGGCCGCGCCACCAGAUCGGGUGGAUGCUCUCCCGGCCGAGCCAGGAGCACGGCAUCCUCGAGGUCCGCCCUGGCACAAAGGACGACUGGACGUCGAUGUGGACCUGGCGCGGCGCCGACGGCUUUGUCGAGCCGCGCCCGCUCCUCGUCGGCGACCGCAUCCGCAUCCUGCCCCAGCACGCCUGCCUCGCCGCCGCCAACCACUUUUACUACUACAUCAUCGACUCGGACCAGGGGGGCGAGACGGUCGUCGAUGUGUGGAAGCCGUGGAAGGGCUGUACCCCGGACGGCUGCAGCCUGGUGCUCUCCUCAGACGAGCAGGCGAGGGGGACCGGUCCACAUUUUGAGCUCUUCCACGGCCAGGUUCGGGCACUCACAGAAGGACUUGACCACGGAUCGCCGUGA